AUGACUAUUGAUUGCGCCACAGCACUGUUGUGUAUAGAAUGUGGUCAAACACCAGCUGAGGCAGACUUCAAUCUGCUGGACACAGCCAGGAAAGUGGAGCUGUAUGGACUACGCAUGCACCCAGCCAAGGACAACGAAGGUGUUCCCCUGAACUUGGCAGUGGCCCACCUGGGCAUCAUGGUGUUCCAGAACUCCACCAAGAUUAAUACCUUCUCCUGGGCCAAGAUACGCAAACUAAGCUUUAAGAGACGGAAGUUUCUGAUCAAACUCCAUCCUGAGGGAUAUGGCUAUCACAAGGACACAGUAGAGUUCUGUUUUGACUCCAGAGAUGAAUGUAAGAAUUUCUGGAAAAAGAGUAUCGAGCACCAUGCUUUCUUCCGCUGCCAGUCAGUGAGGACCAUACCGAGACAUAAGACACGGGUCAUUAGUAGAGGUUCUUCAUUUAGGUACAGUGGUAAAACCCAGAAACAGCUCCUGGACUAUGUCCGCGAGAACUACAUAAAACGAGAGCCAUUUGAGAGAAAAACAGUCAGUGUGCGGAGUACUCGCAGUGUUGGUGCCACGCCCACCACCAGUACCAUGAACUCACGUGACCUGAACUACAGCCGUGGCGGUAUGAGCUCUGCCGCGUCAGCUUCCAGUGGUUCGCAUGUCCUAGACAUAUCAAACCACAACCUGAAUGCGUCCACACGCGUGGAGACGGCAGAAGUGCACGAUGACAGCUCACAAUCAGGUAGCCAUUCUUUACGUUCCCCAAGUAACGAGUUAAGUCCCGCCUCUGAGGGCGCGGUGCCCCCUGGCUCGGCGCCGCACCCAGACAGAACCGAGUGCAAUGGAACGGUAGAACACACGGUAGAAACUAGUAGAACAGAUCAGUUUAGACAGACAGAGCAAACAAAUGGCUUAGCAGCCGAUCAAAAUGCAAAUGACAAUGAUGUCAUAAUUCCUGGUUCGCCCCCUGCUAAUACAGAACCCUCUGUAAUAAAACAGCCUCAAACUGAAAUAGAAUUACACAUUGAUGAGAGUGAACUAAACACACAGGUAGAGAGUGGGGAGGGGGGCAGGGCCGUGCUGGGAGGGGGGGUUAGAAGUCGGUCAGUGUCCACCUCUUCUAGUGAGAGUGAGGAUGAGGGUGAGCAGGAGAUUAACUCUGAGAUAGAGUAUGUGUUACACCGCAGACAUGUCAGUGAAGAGGGGGGAGAGGGGUAUGAUGAGGUCCUGGUGGCAUCCCCAGGGUCUAAUACCCAGGGAAACCACACCCCAGGGGGGACUGCACACAAGGAGAACCACUCCUCUAAGUCGACAUUCAAACCAGACGAGAAAGAGUCCCAGUCGAAGGGAAAGCCCACACCUCUACACAUUCCAAUCCAGACAGACUCUCCUUCCCACUUUGAGCAGACCAUUGCUAUCCUGCGCCAGGAUGCUUCCCCAGAUAAGUCCCCCGUAGAUAAGUCACCACGCAGGUCCCCAAUAGAGGUGGUCCAUAUCAGCAAACUGCCACCUAAAAACAGCUACUCCAGUGCUGAUGACUCCCUCAGUCCUUCCCUAGAGAAAGAUAUCUUGGAGCACCUGAAGCACAAAGGAGAAGAAGAGGACAAGGCCAGGAAAGAGUCCGAAUCCUCAGAUGUGUUUGACCCAGCAGAGCAUGAGCGUAAACCAGUCACGUUCUCUUCCUUCAGGGCUCCAGAUAUUGUGCUGGUUCAGCCCAGCCCUGACCUGGAGGAGGCAGACCUAGUCACAAAGACAGUGGAGACAAGUGACACAGCGGGAGAAGCUGAGGCAGGGGACCAACGCUCCAGAACCUCCUCUUCCUCCUCCUCCUCAUCAGACGAGACAUCUCAUCAGCCUAGCACAUCAUUCAGUACAUUCAAACCACCCAGCAUAGAGAUCAUUGCGGCCACCCCACAGCCCACGCCGACCAGAGAGGACAUGCCACCUCUAGAGGAGGAGCGGCCACUUAUAGACAGUGACCGCUCUGAUGAAGACUUGGAGAUUGUGGUUUCCAGGGAGACCACAGUAACUAAAGAAAUAGGACAGAGCUCUGUCACCACGGUUACUAAGACAGUUACCAUGGAGACAGGCUCAGUGCCCCCUGAAGGCAGUGACUUGAUGACAAUCAUCUCAGAGGUCAUGAAGCAGGAGGAGCAGGAGCUGUCUACACAGUUUAAACAGUCAGAAUUGCCCCCACCUCCACCAGAGAUGUUAGUGUCUGAACCAGCUGUAGAGGGCAGCACUGAACCCCCACCACCACCCCCUGAGCUGUAUGUGACACAGUCAAGUCCACAAGCUUCCUUUGAUGACAGCAGAGAGGAUGUCACCACGGACACAAAGAUGGAGGCAGCUCCAGGGAGGAAAGACUCCUUCUCCUCCUCCUCGUCCAGUGAUAGCUCAGACCAGUCCCCUCACGAGGCGUCUCCAGAACCGCUGUUCAUACGUGAAAGCAGUGCAGAGAAACACAGCAGUGUCACCACGGAGACCUCCUCUAGCUCAGAUAGUGAUAGCGAGGAGGAAGGAGAAAAGGUGGAAGAGAAGGAGUUGAGGUUUAUGGAGAAGGUGGAGAUUAUAGAGAACCAGUAUUUACUUGAGAGGGAGGAGGAAGAAGAGGAGGAGGAGGGCCAUAGUCAGCUGAGGGAUUACUACAUGCAGCUAGGUCAACAACAGCAGCUGGUGAUGCCGCCUCAGCCAGACUUAGAGGACCAGUGUGAUGGAACGAAGGACCAGUAUGAGAGUAUAGAGGGCGAGGUAUUCUAUGACCACUCCAGUGACAGCGAUGCUGCCCAUGAGGAGAGUCCAGAACAUGACCAUCUUGACAUCCUAGAGGGCCUCAGUCCCACUGACCCUAUGACCAGCAGUGUGGAGCUUGACGCCAUAGAAACGAGGGUCACCAAGGGUGAUCAGAGGUCGAGGAAUGAAGGCAGUGAGGAGAAGAUGGUGUCGACUGAGCCACGAAGUCCUGGCACUGCACGCCACAUCGUAGGUAUACAGCUGUCACCGGAACACAAGGUGGUGGCACGCACGCAUGUCGAAAUGCACGACCAAGACAUGUUCUUGCCUGAAGAUGGCGCUGAUGAUCAGUAUCAUUCAACACAGGCCCAAGUAUUCAGUAAUCCCUAUGCUGAGUCUUUCACCACAUUCUACACUGGUGGCAGUGGCAGUAAGAGCAAAACUACACAGUGACAGGACAAUACAUACAGUGGAGACUAUCUUCAGGAGGUUGCUGGAUUUUGAUAGAGUUUUUACGCUCAUAUUGAAAUUGUUAAGCUUACCUACUAUGAUAUGACGUAGUAUGAAUAUAGACAUAUAUAUGAACAGAGUAUGCUAUCAGAUUACUUGAAUAUACCACAAUAAGUAUAUAGUUGAGCAACUCGACCACUUCAUUCACCUGCUCACUAGCACCACUCAACUCAGAUGGAUUUUUAUGCAGGCACGAUAGAAAGAAUAAUAUAUGCAACAGGGACAGAGCUUCACUGGGUUUCAUAUUGCCUAUAUUAAGUUGGGCCAUGGUGGAAGCAGAGGAAGUGAUAGUUAAGGGCAUGCUAUUGGCUAAUUAACUUAGAGGCUAUGCUAAGAAAGAGAUUAGACUUGUAUUAGUUGGUAUUUAAUGUUACAAUGACUCAGUCAGCUGCUGAGGCCGAGGCAAUGAUGACUUGCAUAAUUCUGAAACUGAGAUUGUAGAAAUAAUGGCACUGCAUUUUUUGCAUUGUAGCAAAAUUUUAGAAGCUUAUUGCUCCCAGUUAAGGGGUUGGGUUAAUAUUGAACUAUUUUAUCAUAUAAUUUUUUUUUUUUGUUUUUUUCAAUUAAUCAAAUAUGACUAGGUGCUAGCUAGGUAUAGAGUGUGUGUGUGGUAUAUACAGGCAUAUAUAGAGGUAGGUAUAGAAGUAGGAAUAGCAAGGGUGUAUACAUACCUGCACAUGUAGGGGGAGAAGUAGGUUUAGGGAACAGAAUUUGGACUGCUUUCUUGGCGU